GUGUCCUUCCGAAAAGUAAAAUUCUGAUAAUUAUUCGCAAUAACGUCAUUCGUAACUGUGCAGGAAUUUCAAGUAAUCAAUAUAAACCGUUGUUUUGAUGUUAUUUUUAUGAAACGAAGCUAACUUCACAAUUUAUCGUCGAAAACAAAUCCUUCUUGAGCCGCUGAUCACAACAGGUGAAGAAGAGGAAAUCAUGGUGCACCAGGAAAGAGUUCGCGUGCCUUAGGAGAAUGGAAUUAUUAUGAUAAGCGGUACCAAUAUUGUUGUUUCUUUUACAUAAUUCAAUAUCCAUUCUUAGAAUCUUUUCAGACCGGUCUCAAAUUAAUCAGCAUUGCGUGUGACAGAAGGGAAUCGGAGUUUGAAUUUCUGAUGUUUUAACUUUUCAAUCAUGCCUUUGAAUGCCGACAUAUCAACAGCGCUGCAGUUAUUGGAACAUAUACAACAUACAAUAGAUGCUAGUGAUGAUGCAAAACUUCAAGCACAAACAAAUGAUGAUUUGAAUUUGCUCAUUUCUGUUUUGGAAAAUCCUAUCUUUAGAAGUAUUGUUACAGUGCAGGAUUCUCUGUCAGAGUUAAAUCAGCAGCUACAACAACAUCCAUCUCUGUUGCCUGUGGACUUCGAUAUAACACCAUGUGGUGAUUUAGUGCUUAAUGUUCCUCCACCUGUGGAGCUGUAUGAUCCUGUUUAUGAUCCUGGCUACAAGAAUCCACAUGAGUAUGAUGAUCAGCGUGUGCCAGUUGCUAAGCUUUCCCAUAGUUCUUCAGGAGAUACUUCAUCACCACAGAUCACUAGCCCAACUUUGGCCCCUGAGGACGUGGCGCUUCCCCCCAUUACUACCCCAACGUAUGCAAGAGAGUUCCAGAAAGCUAUUGAGGAAUCCUCACAGGGUCGAGAGGUGCUCACAAUCCAGCUCUAUAAACCAGAAGGAAGUAGUCUUGGCUUCAGUGUGGUUGGCCUGCGUAGUGAAGAGAAAGGAGAACUUGGUAUCUUUGUUCAAGAAAUUCAGAGGGAUGGUAUUGCUGGAAGGGUUUUGAAUUUGAAUAAUCAAUUGAAGUACUAA